AUGAUGAAAGUAGAACUAAAUGAUGGUGAUGUUAGAGAGGAAGAGGAGGGUUUUAUAAAUUAUGGAGAGAAACGUCAUGGAGUCCAAGAAUACAUCUCAUUCUAUCUCAUCCAGAUCUCAUCCUUUGCCAACCAAUCAUGGGCACAUAAUCAGGGCUCUGGUUGCCUGGAUGAGUUGCAGACUCAUAGCUGGGAGAGUGAAACAGGCACAAUAAUUUUCCUGCACAUCUGGUUAAAAGGCAACUUCAACAAUGAGGAGCUGAUAGACCUGGAGCUGUUAUUCCAUGUCUAUAUGAUAGAAUUAACUCAGGAGAUUCAAGAUUAUGCCAGUCGACUGAAAUUUCAAUAUCCCUUUGAAUUACAGGUGAGCAUUGGCUGUAAGCUGCAUUCUAGGGAAACUGCAAAAGGGUUUUUUCAGGUAGCAUAUCAAGGAUCAGAUUUCUUGAGUUUCCGAAACAUGUCAUGGGUGCCAUCUCCAGAGGGUGAGAGUGGGGCCCAGCGUGUCUGUGAUCUAAUCAAUCAUAUCAGCAACGUCUGUCCCCGAUUUCCCUUGGGUCUCCUUGAUGCAGGGAAGAUGUAUCUCCAGAGGCAAGUGAGACCAGAGGCCUGGCUGAACUGCAGCCCCAUCCUUGGGUCAAGCCAGCUGUUGCUGGUUUAUCGUGUGUCUGAUUUCUAUCCAAAGCCUGUCUGGGUGAUGUGGAUGUGGGGUGAACAGGACCAGCCAGGCACUCAGCAAGGUGACAUUCUGCCCAAUGUUGAUGGGACAUGGUAUCUUCACAUGAUCCUUCAUGUCGAGGCUGAGAAGGAAUCUGGCCUGAGUUGCAGGGUGAGGCACAGCAGUCUAGAAGGCCAGGACAUCAUCCUCUACUGGGGACAUCAUCUUUCCAUGAACUUGAUACCGUUGGCAGUGAUAGUGUCCCUAAUGCCCAUGGUCCUUGCAUUAUGGUUUAGGAAGUGCUGUUCGUAUCAAGGCAUCCCAUGAGAUUCUUCACCAUGCCUCCCCAACUGGAAUGAGAACCCAACAGCC